AUGUAUUGGAUAGACCGCAUUGUCAUUGCGACGAUUGCCUUUGCCGUCCUCGUCUAUGUACUCUGGGCUGCCCCCCGCUACCUCGAUCCCACUGGCAGCGAUCCCGUCAAGCAGGAGCGCGACCGCCGAUGGGUCAACACAAGCCCCUACUUUGUCGACCGCCAGGCCUGCCGCUGGCUGACCCUCUGCGGACUGCAUCACCUCCGUGCCGACCCGGCCAGCCGAGACUACCGUCACAAGCGGCAUGGCCAGCACCCGCUCAACCCUCCCGUCCCCGACGUCGGCCGCGGCGAUAGACCCACGUCCAGUCGAGAGAUCCCCGAUUACGUCUUCAAACACGCGCCGCUCGUCCACCUCUAUUCGGGCGAGCAGUUUUGGCCCUCAGACAUGCGUGACCACAUUACACACAUGGACGUCCAGCUCAACUCGACGCUCCUCGACGACGCCGCGCCCUGGGACCUCGAUACCAUGGGCAACCUCAACAAGCUCGAUGGCAGCGUCUUCCUCUACAGCAAAAACGAUGUCGAGAGCCGUCCUUCCUGGCUACACAGCCGCUACAACAUCCCCUCUGCUUUUUCCCGUGGUGCCGGCUCGGCGUCGUACGAGUCCGCUGAUCCGAACGAGAGUGCUUUUACCACCACGCCUCACCACCCGCACACGCGGCCCUCCGACUACGGCCAGUCGCGCGGUGUACACGGCCAGCCCACGCGCCAAAAAGUGCUCGCCGGUGCCGCGCACGAGCAGCCCGGUGCCGGUGCCCAGGGCCACAAACCCGACGCUCAUGGCUACUCGGCCGCGCCUGCCGUCCUGGUGCUUGUCGACAAGGACGAUGGCGUGCUUGACGCCUUUUGGUUCUUCUUUUACUCAUACAACCUCGGCCAGACGGUCCUCACCAUGCGCUUUGGCAACCACGUCGCCGACUGGGAGCAUUGCAUGGUGCGCUUCCGCCACGGCGUGCCCCAGGGCAUGUACCUCUCCGAGCACGAGGGCGGCCAGGCCUACGCCUGGGAGGCCAUGGAGAAGCGUAACGCGACUUUCAAGGGCGUCCCCAACGCCGCUGAGCGCCCUGUCAUCUAUUCGGCCAUGGGCUCCCACGCCAUGUACGCCACGCCCGGGGACCACGCCUACAUUCUGCCUUUCAAGAUGCUCAAGGACGUGACCGACGAAGGCCCCGUGUGGGACCCGGCCCUCAACCGCUAUGCCUACUUCUACAACUACACAACCGACCAUGACUAUCGUCCCGACAACGCCGCCGUCGCCCUCGGUCACACGUCCGCCACCAAUACCGGCGACAUUUACGACAGCCUCACGCCCGCCGCGUCCAACCCCGACGCACCCACCUCGUGGUUCCACUUCCGCGGCCGUUGGGGCGACGGCGUCUACCCCCUCGCCGACGUCCGCCAGUGGCGCCUCUUUGGCCAGUACCACUACGUGUCCGGCCCGCAGGGCCCAAAGUUCAAGAAUCUCGGGCGCAAAAAAAUGUGUCUGGCGAAGAGGUGCCGCAUCCGUCACGAGCGCCAUGGCUCAGGAACGUGGUAUUAA